UAAUAACUCCUACCGUUAGCAUCUCAUGAUUCUCAUCUUGUCCUUGCAUUGAGCCUCGCAGUCCAAGCUCAGUCCGCAGGUUCAUGUCCCGUAUAUUGCGAUGACUGCCGCCAGCUCCGCAUGCUAUUGUUACUAUCCUCCCCGUCUGUGGGGUCUGGACAGUCUGUACUGGACACACGUUCAGUUGAACAUCGUUGACGUUCUCGAAUUGCCGGAAUUUCCCGGUCAAUCUGAUUUGGGCUACUAUUGUUUGGGGAAUCAUCCAAUUUCCAGAGUAGAAGUAAUGGGCGACGUCGUACGUCUUCAUGGCAAGUCUAGAAAUGUAGUAUUUGAAGUUGAUGAUGGGACUGGUGUCAUAUCUUGCUGUCUCUGGAGACAUGAAAAAGACAGUGACGAUGAUGUCCCAAAGUUUGGUCUUGGUCAGCUUGUGACUGUCCAAGGCCGCAUAACACUAUACCGAGGCAGUAGGCAAAUUACAGUGGCAGCUGUUCACUUUGAAACAGAUGUUCAUGCAGAGUGUAGGCAUUGGCUAGAGCUUGCACAUCUGAAAGCAUCCGUAUACAGCAAACCAUUCGUGGUGCCAGAAGAUAUACCAAAAGAUUCAGGAUGGAAUCCUGCCUUGGCUAAAGAGUGUGAGUCAAAGGUUGAAGUUAAGGAAGCAAUCGUGGGAUACCUACUAAGAGAGAACAUCAGGGAAUUUGCCUUUGCCGACCUUCAAGAGGAGCCGCUUCUUAUGGCCAUAGCAGCCGAUGCAAUUUCAACUGAAACUGAUGUGUCAACAGACAAACUAACUGCAAUGAUCAAACAUGUCUUGGCAUCAGCGACUCGCUGCCUGGUGGAUGAGGGCUGUCUGUUUGUUACUGACUGCUCUCUUGACCGAUAUGAAGUAAUUGAUCACGAAGCACUAGUGCCUGUUGUACUCAGCACAGUUCGAGAUUUGCAAAUGAAAGGAGAUGGAGAUAAUGUUGGUGUGCACCGUGAGGCUAUCAUAAGUGCACUGCGUUCAAGGCAAAGGCUGUGCAAGGUCAAACGAGAAACUUUCAUUCAAACUAUUGAAAAUUUAAUCAAAAGCAGUGAGUUGUAUGAAGUAGAGAGAAAACGAUACAAAUUGAUUAGUUAACUAAUAGAAAGAGAGACUUUGCUUAUUUCAGUAAAAAUAAGUCCUGAA